GGUAGGGUAGGGGUAGGGUAGGGUAGGGGUAGUAGAAAAGUUGACAUCGAAAUUUACGCGGACGAAGUCGCGGGCGUCCGCUAGUAUUGUAUAUACUUGUUCUUCUAUACCUUUCUAAAAUAAUACUUUACCAAGUAAAUCUAAAAUAAUUAAAGAAAGGAUUUUACUAUGUCUCGGUCUUUCUCGCACCCAACCCGGUUCUGUUUGUCGUACACUUGUCAUAAAUUGUUUACGAAAUUGAAAUUGAAUUGAAGAGCUCUUUGCGCUCUACAAGUGACACAACCAAUUCGUCCUCGGACUUCAGCAGAAGCAUGCGUGUUGGUAAACUCAUAGUGUUGGUAAAGUUCCGAUGGUUUACAACACGUCGAUACAUACGUGUUUCUGCGCAGGCUGACGUACAUCCGCACGCUGCCCAACCGCGACAUGCUGCCGCUGCGCUGCCUGGCCGUCAGCGAGACGCUGAGCGACGUGGCCACGGCGCACGCGCCGGCGGGCGGCGGGGGGGCGCUGCUGCGCGUGCACACGGUCAACGCGCGCUUCGUGGGCAGCGCGCGCGUGCCGGAGGCGGCCACGUGCGCCGCCUACUCCGCCGCGCCCGAGGGCGUCAGCGUCAACUGCGUGGCGCUGGGGCUGGCCACCGGCGCCGUGCGCCUCUACUCGGCGUGGGACCUGCGCCCGCUGGCCUACGUGCCGCCGCCCGCGCGCGCCGCGCCGCUGCUCAGCCUGGCGUACGGCGCGGACUCGCAGCUGCUGUUCGCGUGCUACGCGGACGGCGCCGUGCUCGCCUGGGAGAGCACGGAGGGCGGCGCCAAGCCCGCGCCCGUGCGCAUCCUGCCCGCGCACGCGCUGCUGUGACCGCACGCGCCGCUGCGACCGCACGCGCCGCUGCGACCGCACGCGCCGCUGCGACCGCACGCCCGACAACAGACGUAACCAGUUGAUCUACCAUACGUCGACUUGAUGUGUGUCACGGCGCUAUAAAUCAUUUGGAUCGUAUUCAUGUAACUCAUAGAAAGCCGCAAUGUAAAUAAUUAAUAUUAGUUAAUCUUCCUCAUGCUAUGAAACAGUGCUGUGGUAGUUGUCUUUACUAUUACGGAAUACGGAAUUCAUUAAACUAUACAAGGUGUAUUUCCCAUAACUCUAGUGUUAUAUUCUUUAAGGAAAAUUAAUUAAAAAUGUCUAAGGAACAUAUUAUGUUCUAAAAUAAAUAUUUUCGGAGUAAAAAAUAUUUCUUUUGUAAAUAAGUCUUAAAUUGUGUACCUUAUAUCGCAUUCUUAUACUAUGACCUAGCCAAACUUAUUAAUUGAUAAAUAUCAUGAAGUAGCUUACUAGUUAAGUGCAGAGUGCCAGUUAUAGUGCCGCUACAAUUUCCUAAUUUUAAAAUUUAAGGAUAAAUAAAGGCGUGUGUUACGGAAGUCGGAAUUAUUUGAAUUAUUUUGUAAGAAAACAUAAAACGUUUUUUUUAUAGUUAAAAAAAAUUGUUACGCAGUUCGGCUUUUAUAAGUGGACCUGUCAACACUUUGAAGUUAUGGGAAAUACUCCCGAGCACCCUGUAUAUGUAAAAGUAUAUAUAGGCCAAGUAUGCAGUGUCAAAAAGAAUAUAUUUUGUACAGGGACUUAUUUUAAACUAAGAUAUUAAACCAUUAUUAUAUUCCUGAUAAUGAUUUUUUUAUUAAUGUUAGAAGAAUUUAUACGUAAUAGAAUAUUCCUGAUUAUUAAAUAAAUUAUAUCUUUAAGUGAUGUUAAAAUUUGUUGAUGUUGUUGUUGCCCGUUACGAUUUAUUAUUUUAGUGUUUAUCAAACGAGCCAAAUCAUUAUUAUUUAUAGCAUUAUUCAUAAUAUAGUAUAGUAUAUACUUAUAUAUAUUUCAAUACGACAUGUAAUGUAGAAAUAAUACAUUUUAAUAAAAAAACAUAUGCGUGUCCUCGGCGCCAACCAAGCAUUUAAUGCGAUUUAGAACUACUGCACAAUCAUCUAUUAUACUUUACUAUCUAACUUGUCAAGUCCGUGCUAAAACUGAUGAUUAUUAAUUUUUACUCAUAUAGGUAUACUCGUAGUACACCGCUAGGACUGAUUUAUAUUUAGGAAUAUCAUAAGUGAUGUCUUCCGAAUGAAAUUCAUGCGUUGGUGAUAAUAUGUUUAAGAUGAUGAAUCUGUAUAAUAUUGUAAGUGUUGCAUCUAGGCCGCUCUCGUUGGUGACUACUUAAUCAUGCUAGUUUUGAACUAAGCUUGUAAAUAAAAUGUUGUCAAAAUAACUAAUUAUAUAUUACUGUUAAGGAUUUUAAUCAUACAUUGUUUUCACAAAUAAAGAAUAACAUAUCGAAAUGUAUUUACAAAAGAUUUUUCCUCGAUUUUGCUGUACAGUAAUUACUAUCGUAUAACUAUAAACACUAUGUAUAAAAUUAUGAAAUAUGAAAAUAUAUGUUUUAUAGUAAUCUGAGGCCAAUAACAUCAUAUUUUACUUUAUUAAUAUAAUCAAUGUAUAUUUUUUUAGAAUAAAGAUAUAUAAGCGCUAUGAAUUUAUAUAUAUAGUUAGCGAGGACUAUUAAUAGCGUAUGGAUGACGACCAGCAGGCUAAUUCACUAUCUUUGACGUAAGUUGGUUGACGAUACGAAAUCGAGAUUCUAUGUAACAAAUGUCAUCCGGUGCUUUGAAUAUCAUACAUUAUGUAGAUGACAUUUGUCAAGUGAUUUCAUAUUAAUUUUAAUAGGUUGAUAAUAGAGGCCAAAAUAGUGAAUAAGCCCUGAAAUGUAGCAUUCACUGACGCGUCCUGUCGUUUCAUACAAUAGAUCGAUCGCCACCGUGACCGUUGUGAAGGUUCCUAAUAUUUUAAGGAUUAGGUUCCUCGAUACUUCGAAAUGCAAUAAAAUAAGACUAAGUACAUAUCUUUUGUGAGUUGAAUGGAUAUUUUGAAGAGAAUUAUUGUGAUGCAUCGUUGUUGGAAAUAAAUAAUAUUUUUUUUCUCAUAAA